AUGCUUGCUGGUCAAGUAGACGGCGACUUCUCCAGCACUUUGAAAGCUGACAAGACUUGUCUCACUGCCUGGCCCGACGUCGGCGACACACAAUGGGGCGGUAGCACAUGUCUUGCCAUGAAGUGGUCUUCGCUCUGUGGCCGCAACUUUAUCAAAUACAUGUCCGCAUGGGACGAUCAAGCAGCUGCAACAAACCCUGCUUGGAUGUCUGAGCGCCUUCUGGAACGGAGGCCGAUUAGUGCGUCGCUAGACAACAAUGUCACUGUUACUACUGCGUGGCUUGAUGAUCAUGAUGUUGCAGCCGAUUCUGAGAAGGCAGGCAGGAUAAUACCAUACGAGCUCGGCGACCGACCAGAAGUCUAUCUUCUCGGCAAAGCCCCCGACAACACCACCUCCGACUACUUCCUCUGCUCCAUGAAAGCCAGCAUCACAACCUCCUGCACCACACGCUACAACGCCUCCUCCGGCGGCCAAAGCCUCGAAGCAGUCUGCGACGACACAAACGGCAAACACAGCGACGGCUCGGCCAUUCAGCCCCUUCGUUCUACCGGUGAUAGAACAGCUCUAGUCGGCUGGCGCGACCUCGGCUUCAACCUCCUCAACUCGCUCAGUCUAAACAACGGAGUCUUCGACGGCGACGCCUCAACAGCCCGUAUAUUCACUCAACUCCAACUCACGGAACCCAAGCUCAACAAAACACUCCCUAGCCCCGCAGAAGCACUCCUAAGCAUGACAACAUGCACCGUCCUAGACCUAACCCAAAACUUCCCUUUUCAGCCCUUCGGUAAUAUCACCGCCAACGAUUUCUCCACCCCCCAAACCCAACACUUCAACGCCUCCGUCCGCGUAGCACAAUACAUGUCCGGCGGCUCAGAAACCUACCAAAAAGCGCUCCUCGUCGUCCUCGCCCUCACUCUCCUCAUCAACAUCUUCAUCCUGAUCUACUUCGCCGUUUUGCUACGCAUCAAACUUAUCACGGAUUUGUGCGAGCCGCUUGUGCUUUUUGUGCUGGGGUAUCAUAGUCCGCCAAGUGAUGGAUUGUUUGAGGGGAGGUGGGGGGUGAAGGGGGAGGGCCCGUUGAAGAGGGAUAUGGCUGUGGAGUGGAUUGUUAAGAGGAGGGGGGAGGGGUUGGUUGUUGUGGGGAUGGGGGAGAGGGAUGGGGAGGUGGAAGGUGAAGGGAUGGGGAGGGGGAGAGGGGAAGGGGGGUGGUUUAGGAUGAGGAGGAGAGGGGGAGGGAGAGGGGAUGGGGAUGGGGAGGAGGGGUCGCCCGAGGGGCUUAGGGCGUAG